AUCACCCUAGGUGGAAGUGGAUGUAAAACCUCAGAAACAAACGAACGAAAAGAACUAUAAUUAUGCAUUUUAUUACUGAAGACCUUGUUAAUAUGUCAUCAGUCAUGAAAUAAGAGUGAUGAAUAAUAAGAAGGAACAGUAUCAGCAGUUGAAUAUCAACUUUUAUUUGAAAAAAAUCAACAACUACAAAAAGAUGUUUUAAAAUUAUCUGAAGAAAACAUAGAAUUAAGAUUUGAAGCGGAACAGAGCAGAAAAGAUAUUCCCAGACAAAAAGAAAGAGUAUCAGAUUUACAGAAAUAUGUAGAAGCUUUAAAGUAUGAAAAUGGUCUAUUAAGUGGUCAUAAUUCAGCCCGAUCUAUGUCUUCAUCAAUCUCCAGUAUCAAAAGAAUUGGUGAGAGUGGUAAAAGUACUCGUGAAUUAGAAAAGACUAUAGCUUUAUUAAAGAAAGUUGUAGAGAAAACACAAGCUGAUAAUGAAAUGUUAAAACGUUCAGCUAGUGGAUCAGGAUCAGAACAAAUAUCUUUUCUUAAACACGAAAAUGAGGGAUUGAAGAAACAACUAGCAGAAUUAAAACAUCAAAUGGGUGCUACUUUAAGUGACCGUUACACAUCUCAACAAAAAGGAACUGCCAAAAUGAUGACAGAUUACGAAAAAUUACGGAAAGAAUUGUUAAAGGAAAAAGAAUCCAAUGAAAAAUUAAGAAUAGAUUUACGGACACAACAAAUGGAAAAAGAACAACAAACUAAAAAACUAGAAGUAACCAAAUCUAAAUUAGAAAUAGAAGAAGCUAAAAGACCAACAACCAACUCUGAUUCUAAAGGUUGGAAGUCGGCUGUUGUUACCAGAAUGUAUGAAGAUCAAAUUAAUAGUUUAGAGUCAGACAUUGAGAAAAAGAAUAAACAGUUAGCUGAUAGUAAAAAAUUGUUAAAGGAAGCAACAGAAAGAGAACAGAUAUAUUUAGAGGAGAAAAAACAAUUACUUCACCAGAUGUCAAUAUUAGAAAGAUUACCACCAGGUACACAGUUAAAAGACAGUGAUUUAAUGAAAGAAUAUCAACAAGCAAGAGUAAAGAUUGAUAAAUUAGAGAAUGAGAAAAAAGAUCUAUUAAAUGAGAUUAGAAUGUAUAGAAAAGGUGGUAGUGAUAUUUAUGAUGAUGAUAUUCUAACUAAAGCUGGUAAAUAUGAUCAGAUGAUGGAGGAAAAUGUUGAUGUUAGCAUGAAUCUAAAAUCAGUGGCCUUAGAAAGAGAUAAAUAUAAAUUUGAAGUCAGUAAGCUAAAGAAGGAACUAGAUAAUUUUGGUCCUGAUUUCUUUGAAGAAAUAGAAGAUCUCAAAUAUAACUACAAGCAAGCUGUCCAGAAAAAUGUGCUUUAUGAGGAAAAACUACUCAAUAUUUCCAAACAAUUUGGAAUCGAUUUAAAUAUUCCAGGUUUAGAAUAGUCCGUCCAUGAGAUAUUAUUUCUGUUAUAUUGUAUGUACGUCCAUUAUCUUACUGUGAUAUAUUUAUUAUAGAUCUAACGUAGUCUGUCUAUAAAUCUAUACAUGUAUCGUAAUAUUUGUCUCUAUUUCAUAAUAAAUAAAUUAUUUGUCA